AUGGUCAUGGACUUUGUCCAAGGCGGCGACAUGUACGCGCAUCUGCGCAAGUUUGGCGCCAUGUCGGAGGCCCGCGCGCGCCUCUACAUUGCGGAGAUUGCGCUAGCGAUUUCGCAUUUGCACGCGCUGGACAUUGUGUACCGCGACCUCAAGCCCGAAAACAUCUUGUUGGACGCGGACGGACACAUCAAGAUCACGGACUUUGUGACGCACUCGUUCUGCGGCACCGAGUCCUACAUGGCGCCAGAGAUGCUCUUGCACUUGGGUCACGGCAAGCCCAUCGACUGGUGGUGCCUCGGCGUCGUCGCUUGCGAGAUGAUGACGGGCGUCCAUCCGUUCCAGGCCGAGUCGCAGAUGCGACAGCUCUUCAAUGUCGUCAACGCCGACCCGGUGCUUCCGAGCACCUUGUCGCCCGAAGCAACGUCACUCAUCUUUGGCUUGCUCCAAGUUUGA